GCAUGCACUGUGGAUGCCUCAAACACGAACACACACACACACACAGCGCACAGGCUUCGGAAUCUCUUACGCCGAGGAAAGAUCUCAAGUCUUCAGAAAUGAGGGGUUUUCUAGGUCUGCUGGUGUCCGCUAUGUGCCUGUGUCUGCUGGGCCAGGCUUUUGCAGAAGAGAGCCUGGGAAGCAGAUACAUUCUGGAUGCAGUAGAGGAGGCCAAGAGGCUGGUUGAUGAGGCCUACAAAUAUUCCAGAGAAACGAGCCUGGACAGGGUGCGGAGGAACACGGUGAGCGCGGCUAACAGGCUGCGGCUGAUGAAGCAGCCGUUCGGCGAGACCAGGUCGGCGGUGCGCGCGGCGGACUACAUGGAGAACGCGCUGAGGCUCAUCCAGGAGAACGUGCACGCUCACGGACGCUACAGGCGCUCCCUCAACGCCACGGAUCUUCUGACUACAGACGAGCUGAACACUCUAGCCCGCCUGACCGGCUGCUCUGCGAGGGUCCAGCCCCCCUCCUGCCGCACCACCGCACAGAUCAACAAGUACAGGACGGCCACCAACGUCUGCAACAACCGAAAAAACCCUCGCCUGGGAGCCUCCAACACCCCGCUCGCCCGCUGGCUGCCCCCACGGUACCAGGAUGGCGUCUCCCUGCCCAUUGCGUGGGACAGAGAGCUGGAAGUCAACGGAAGAGUUCUCCCGCUGGUAAGGGAAGUGUCUAACCGCAUCCUGAAAACGGCCAAUGAGGAUGUAGUGAGCGACAACAUGUACACCCACUUGGUGACCAUCUUCGGCCAGUGGACGGACCACGACCUGACCCUGACGCCCACGUCCCCCAGCAUCCGCUCCUUCAGCAACGGCAUCAACUGCGAGGAGUCCUGCGACCGCGCCGAGCCCUGCUUCCCCAUCAAGAUCCCGGACACGGACCCGCGCCACAGCCAGGCCGCCUGCAUGCCCUUCCACCGCUCGGCCCCCGGCUGCGGGACGGGCAGCACGGGCUUCGUCUUCGGCGCGGGCAACGUGCGGCAGCAGAUGAACACGCUGACGGCCUACCUGGACGCGGGGCAGGUGUACGGCUCCACCGACGCGCAGGCCCUGAGCCUGCGGGACCUGACCAACGACGGCGGCCUGCUGCGCGUCAACGAGCGCUACAGGGACGCCGACGGGCGCGAGCACCUGCCCUUCGGCACCAUGCCCGCCAACAUGUGCGCCACGCGCAACGCCAUCCUCAACACCACCGGCCUGGAGGAGGUGCCCUGCUUCGUGGCAGGUGAUGGCCGUGUGAUUGAGAACAUCGCCCUGGGGUCCGUCCACACGCUGUUCCUGCGCGAACACAACCGCCUGGCGCGCGCCCUGCUGCAGCUCAACCCGCACUGGAGCAGCGAGACCCUGUACCAGGAGGCCCGCAAAAUCAUGGGCGCUUACUUCCAGGUGAUCACAUUCCGGGACUACCUGUUCUACAUCGUGGGGCCGGACUACAUGGCGCGAUACCUGCCCGCUUACCCCGGCUACGACGAGAACGUGGACCCCAGCAUCGCCAACGUCUUCGCCACCGCCGCCUUCCGAUUCGCCCACAUGGCCAUCCAGCCCUUCAUCUUCAGGCUCGACGAGAACUACAGCGAAAACCCAGCGCACCCCAGUGUGCUGCUGCACAAGGCCUUCUUCACCCCCUGGCGGCUCCUUUUUGAAGGUGGUGUGGACCCCUUGCUCCGGGGCCUGGUGGGCCAGAGGGCCAAGCUCAACGUGCAGGACAAGCUGAUGCACGAGGAACUGAGGAACAAGCUCUUCCAAUUUAGCAGCAAACUGGCCCUAGACCUGGCCUCUUUGAACAUGCAGCGGGGCCGGGACCAUGGUCUGCCAGGGUACAACGCAUGGCGCGGGUUCUGUGGCCUGUCCCGGCCGCAGAACGAGGAAGAGCUGGCGCAGGUGAUGAACAACACGGUCAUGGCCCGCAAGCUGAUCGAGCUGUACGGGACGCCCGAAAACAUCGACGUGUGGAUGGGGGGCGUCGCAGAGCCCUUCGUGCACGGAGGCCGCGUGGGACCCCUCUUCGCCUGCAUCAUCGCCACCCAGUUCCAGAAGAUCCGCCAGGGAGACAGGCUGUGGUGGCAGAAGGAGGGCGUGUUCACCAGCCAGCAGCGCGCCUCCCUCACCCGCACGUCCCUCGCCCGCAUCAUCUGCGACAACAGCGGCGUCACCGAGGUCCCCAUCAACCCCUUCCUGUACCGGCCUCGCGGGGCCGGCUACGCGCGCUGCGAGGACAUCCCGGCGUUCGACCUGACCCCCUGGCAGGAGAACCAGGCACCACCACCUACGCCAGCCCCUGGACCGAGAGGACCACCUGGACCACCAGGUCCACAAGGGCCAGCUGGACCUGCGGGCCCCCCCGGCCCCCCCGGCCCCCCCAGCAACAGCACCAGCAGCCAUUCGGCCUUCGCAGUGCGGCUGGGGUACAACAGCCCCAGCCCCAACCAGAAGAUCGUCUUCCGCGAAUCCAUCUACAACGAGCAGGGCCACUACAGCACCAAGACGGGCGUCUUCACCUGCGUGGUGCCCGGCCUCUACAUGUUCGACUUCCACGUCACGCUGCAUGAGAACGCGGGCAGCGUCGACCUGCGCCGCAACGGGGCGCUCGUGUUCCACUCCUCCACCUCGCGGACCGACGGCUACAUCACCGCGUCCGGCGGCACCAUGAUCCCCCUGCGCAAGGGCGACAAGGUGUGGCUGCAGGCCAACCUCGGGGGCAACGGGCUCACCGCCGACAGCUACUUCCUCGGGCACCUGCUCUACUAGGGGCCAGGCCACCUGAGCACCUGAGCACCUGACCGGGAGGACGAGCCCACCACCACCUCCCUACCCCACCCAGCCCGACCACCUGACCAGGAGGCUGACCCCACCACCCCC